AUGGAGGAAGUAAAAGAUAAUAAGGAUUUAGAAGAUUGGAAAAUAUAUGAAGUGCUCCGUGGGAAAACACCAACAGACAUGUCAUCAGAUAUCGGAAAUGAUAUCGUAACAUCUCUUAGAAGUGAUCUUGCCGCCCUACAAUAUAAAAGGGAUAAACUAACAUCUGAGAACGCUGACCUAAAGAACCAAAUGCUAUCCAGAGAUCAACGUAUAUUAGAACAACAAGUUGAAAAUGAUCAUUUGCGGGAACAAAAUGCCCGACAAAAUGCCAUUAUAUCUUCACUUAAAAAGAAAAUUCAAGAUCUUGAAGAGAUUAAUCGAAAUUUUCAAACGACUCAAGCAAGAACUGAUUUAACCGUUCAAACUCUCCAACGUGACAAUCGUUUUAGUGAUGAAAAAGUCAAAGACUUAGAGAAGAGACUCAGAUCACUCGAAUUGGAGUGCCAUAACGAAGAACAGCAAAAAGAGAAUGCAAGGUGUCAAUUUCAUGAUCUUGUGCGAAGGCUAUCUGUUGCUCUUGAUGUAGAUUUUUGCGAUUCUACCCACAGCCACUCUCCAGAAACUUUGAUAAUUAAAGCAGCUGAAUUAGUACAGGACAUAACACGACUCAAAAACAGAUGUAUUAAUACAACUGAAAAUCUUUCGACAAUUGAACAAGAACUACGAAGUUGUCGAGACUCUCUAGAAAGAAUAAAUACCGACAAAGAUAUGCUUCAAAGACAGCUUUCGUCUCAGUUACUUGAUAUCGAGAGACUUAAGCAAGAGAAGGAAUCGCUUACUGUCUCCAAUCGGGUUAUAGAAAGAGAACUUAAUGAAGCUAGGGAGAAGCUAUCUCAUUGUUCGAAGAAUUUAAACGUAGUAACCGACAAUGUUAAUCAAAAUGAAUCGAUGAUCAUACAAUUAAAAGAGGAUCUUCGCCAUCGAGAUGACAAAUAUCAAAGAUUGCAAACCGAUUUUAGGAAUACGAUGGAAUCUAUUGCAAUUUUACUGAGUUUACCGACAAGAUUUGUUGAAGCUCAUGAAACUACAAUAAAAGACAGAAUUAGAGAGAUUUUAAGCGAUAACAAAGAUAAGAGUGCGCAACUGGAAGCUCUUCGAGAUAAACUGAACGUAGAGAACCAACAGCUGAACAGAACUGCUCACUUACAUGAUCAAGCUACUACCCGCGUUCGUAUUCUAGAAGAUGAAAGAAACAUGCUCGAAGCAAAGGUGCACAAACUGGAAUCGGAAAUGAAUUCACUCGAAGCAUCUAGAGAUAGCUUACGUAAAGAUAAAGCUAAUUUCAUGGCAUUUCUGGAGCGGUUGAGCCGGACAUUGAAUAUGGAUGAAUUGACUCAGGACGUCAGCAUAGAACUGCACACUGACUCCAUACUGCACCGGGCCGAACAACUGGCGCGCCUGGAGAGCGAUAAAAUUGUCGACAAGCUGCUAUAUUACGGAUACUAUGGCACGUUGCCGAGGCUGCGCAGAGAAAGAUCUUUCCAUGACUUGCCUUAUAUGAAAGAAACAGCUGUUGUAUACCAGCUACAAAGACGCAUCAGAAUACUAAGAGAACAACUUCAAAGAAAAGAACUUCAUCUUGAUCUACUGAGACGUAAAUUAAGUGUUCAGGAUGAGAGUUCUCGUGUCCGAGCAGUUUUGCAGGCGGAAAGGGACGAAGCAAUGGCUAGAAGUAAAAAAUUAGCGAGACAGUGUGAUAAGCUAAAUAUUCAACUAACAGAUAGUCGGGCCCAGAUUCGAGAAUUAAAUGCACAGCUUGCUGAUGCUGCUGAAUACAAGAUAACAUCGCUUGAAAGGGCUAGAAAAAUAGAAGAUUUGCAAAAGAAGUUAGAUGAGGCAGAAUUACUGAGAUCACGUUACUGUCGUAAAGUGAAUAUGCUCAAAGAUCAAGUACGUGCAACUGGCGAGACCUUCGAGCAAGAGAGGACAAGUACAGAGCAUCAGCUGAGUACACUCAGAGAUGAUUUAGCGAGGACCAAGGAGGCGCUGGUGGAGUGCCAGAGGAGAGAAGCUCAGCUGCAGAGCUUUAGACACUCCAUCGCCAAGCUGCUCGGUAUCCUGGUUCCGGCGUCAGUGUCCGACUUCGAGAUGGUGUCGCGCCUCCAGAAGCUGAUCGACGCGCACCACGACUUCACCGUGGUGUCGCGGAGGUACGACGACCCCGCCCUGCUGAGAGCAUCGUCCAGGUCUCCGCCACCGUCGCGCUGCAGGACCAGAACUCCCGACCGAUCCCUUCGCUACGACGAUUCGGGCUAUGCGGACCCCGCCUUCGACAUCGAGGACGACCUCUACAAGAGUCGAACCGGCUUGUGACGUUCACGGCGCGCCCACUUCUGACCACUGAAGCACCGCGGCGCACCGACCCUCCAAUAUUAGAUACAAUAUCCAUCGGUGUUG